AUGGACAACAAACCCUGCCCAGCUGCAGGAGAAGAACCGGAGCUUCCAAUUCCAAUAUCUUUAAUAUCAGGCCAUUAUUUCCUAUUUUCGAUUGAUGCAGUAACAUACCUACGCCGAGAAUAUAACAUCUGCGGCGUCCUUGUAGGGACCCUGCCACAGGUCCCGCAGCAAAAUGUAUUCCUAGGACUGCCGCUGGAGUUGAUGCCCGAGGAAGCUAGACUACUGGUAGAGAAAGGAGUGGCCUACGUCAUCGACGAUGCCCAAGGUCAUGCUCAGGGUAUUAAAUAUCUGCGCGAGGAGGAUAAACAACGGUAUCUGCGCGACUUAGAACAAGACGGGCGCCAGGCCACCCUUGUUCUAGCGAGUAAGAAGGCAGAAAGAAGGGAAGUAGCACUGAAAAAGCAGAAAGCCAAACAGGUAAAGAAAUCGAAGCGAAGCACGGAUCCCACCGAGAAAACAGGAAUAGAGAAUAACGCACCAUCAUCAUCACACGCAGAGUCGGACGCUGAGGAUGAUGAGCUUCUAUUCGCACCUCCCAAGAAACUAGUCGCUGGAGAGGAUGAUGAUGUUGCUUCGUCUAGAGCCUCUACCGGCGGUGGAGAGCAGAUAUUAGAAGUCACUCCUGCUACAUCCCAUGGCCUAUUCCCCAUGGCUCCUCAAGAUCCGCCAUAUCUUCCGGUAGCCCCUUCUUCAUACCCUCUCUUUGCUCAUUUACAUUCACAGGGAUACUUCCUCUCCCCUGGGCUUCGGUUUGGCUGCCAAUAUAUGGCUUAUCCAGGCGAUCCGCUACGGUUCCACUCUCAUUUUCUCGUGGUUUCUACCGAGUGGGAUGAGGAAUUCGAUCUCAUGGAUCUAGUUGCUGGGGGGCGCUUGGGAACUGGCGUGAAAAAAGGGUACCUUAUCGGCGGUGCUGAAAAGCCCGAUCACGAUGGAGAGUCCGGGCAGUCUGUGAGGACGUUCAGUCUUGAAUGGGCCGGAAUGUGA